AGAGGCGUGAUCCGUGCGCCGUCGCUCUCCGAUGUCGAGCAGUGACAUGGGGAUCGGAAAGCUUUCCUUUCUUCUGUCACGCUCUCAGGUGGCACGCGCUUAAAUAAAAUGCAUCUGGAAAGCAUAAACUAUGUCUCAGCCAUAUGUAGCAUCGUGGAUUUAUGACGCUGAAGGCAGAUAGAGAUGAGGGAGUGUUAGGGGGAGAACCUGAGAGAAGAUUUACCGGCGACUGUAAAGAGAGAGGUGCUCACAUGUUUUGAUUAUGUUUUUUUUUUGUGUGUGUGUACAAGCCAAGAGCUGGUUUUCCUCAUUUUGCAAGAUGUUUUCACUGACCAAAUGGUAAGAUUCAGCUCAGGAACAUGCCUUGUCCACACGGUUGAACGUUAUGACUGAUGGCAGUGUUGACACCUUUUUUUCUUCUUCUGCAGAAUAUGGAUGAAUGCCGUGUCUUUUAGAUUUGCUUUGUGCAGUGUGGGAUCUGUGCAGCAUGGUGCAUGCUAUUUUUGUCCAAAUCUCAUAUGAAAAGUAAAUAAUUUAGCGUUGCUAGGUUGCAGGUUUUUGGAAGGCAGCGAUGGGAAGUGCACAGUGGUGUUUUUCAGAGGAAAGGUACAGAAAGUCAAUGCCCUGGUGAUUUUUCUCUUUUUAUGCCUACAUUUUUUUUUUACAUGCUUUGUUCUAGAGGAGGAAGUCCAAAUGUCAUCUUCCGUUCCACAAGUUGCUGCUGUCAACCUGGACACUGAGAGACUUGUUUGUGAGCGCUGGGUGCAGAUCUAGGUUGCUGCGUCGGUGCUGAGCCUCACUCACUCGUUUCCAUCUGUGUGAAGAAAAGUGCAAAGAAGAUUUAAUGAAUCAGUAUUCGCUAGCCGACGCUAUGACCGACAACCUGAGGAUAUUAUAAUUCUCUCCAGAGGAAGAGCGUCGCAUCUUUUAGGAGCCACAGGGGAAACUUCACAGUUCCAAAGCUUUCAGAGUCCAAUAUGGGAUUUGGAGUGCUGGGCGUUUUUCUGGGGCUCCUCCUGGAGGUUUCAACUCACGGACCACAGAGUGUUCCCCGAACUUCCUGGAAACACCAAGAUUUGGACCUCCUGGAGUUUUCAGAGCCUGGCAUCUUUAACUACUCGACGCUACUGCUGAGUGAGGAAAGAGAUGCUCUGUAUGUGGGAGCAAGGGACGCCAUUUUUGAGCUCAACAAGAGGAAUGUGACAGUCAGGAACCAAAAGGUUCAGUGGAUAGUUGCAGAACAUCCCAUGGAGAUGUGCACACGUAAAGGAAAAUCAAGAGAGAGGGACUGCCCCAACUACAUUCGAGUGCUCCAGAUAGUGGAUGACAAGCGGCUUUACAUCUGUGGCACACAUGCCUUCCAGCCUCAGUGUGAUUACUUGAAUCUUGCAGACUUUUCUUUGGAGGGUCGACCUGAGGAUGGCAGAGGGAAGUGUUCGUUUGACCCUUCGCAGAGCUUUACCGCCGUCAUGGUCGAUGGAGACCUCUAUUCUGGGACAGCUUAUAACUUCUUAGGCAGUGAACCGAUUAUUUCCAGAUAUUCCCCAUCCCAUCCCCUGCUGAGGACAGAGUACUCCACAUCAUGGCUCAAUGAGCCCAGCUUCGUCUUUGCAGAUGUGAUCAGGGCCGAGAAGCACAGAGGAGAUGGCGAGGACGACAAAAUCUACUACUUCUUCACCGAGGUGUCAGUGGAGUACGAGUUCUUUGGCAAGCUGCUCAUUCCCAGGGUGGCUCGCGUCUGUAAGGGCGACCUUGGAGGAGAGCGUACUCUGCAGAAGAAAUGGACCUCCUUUCUGAAAGCCAAGCUGGUGUGCUCCAUGCCGGAGCUCAACUUUGUUUUCAAUGUGGUUCAUGACGUUUUCAUCCUGAAGGGGAGAGACUGGAGAGACACAGUCUUCUAUGGUGUUUUCACCCCUCAGUGGGGAAAUGUGGGUUUGUCAGCGGUGUGUGCCUACAAAAUGACAGCUGUGGAGGAAGUCUUCUCUAAGGGGAAGUAUAUGCAGAAGGCCACAGUGGAGCAGUCCCACACAAAGUGGGUGCGGUAUAACGGCAUCCCUCCGUCUCCCCGUCCUGGUGCAUGUAUUAGCAACCAACUGCGUCAAAAAAACAUCAGCACCUCACUCCACCUUCCGGACAAAACCCUUCAGUUUGUCCGAGACCACCCGCUGCUGGAGGACCCUGUCCUGCCCAUCGGCAACAGACCUCGACUCAUCACCAAGGACGUCAACUACACUCAGAUUGUAGUAGAGAGGGUCCAUGCACUUGAUGGGAACAUCUAUGAUGUAAUCUUCACCGGAACAGAUAAAGGUGUCCUGCACAAGUCUGUGGUGUUCAAGGAAGAUGUCCAUAUUGUGGAGGAGAUCCAGCUCCUGAAGAACUCUGAACCCAUAAAAAACUUACUGCUGUCUUCGGAGACACGGUCGGUGUAUGCUGGGUCGGACUCUGGCAUCAUUCAGUCCCCCACAGCUUUCUGUGGCAAGUAUUCUACGUGUGACGACUGUGUCCUGGCUCGAGACCCCUACUGCGCCUGGGACCCCAACGCAGCCGCCUGUGUCUGCAUUCUUGAUGCUCCAAAGGAGCAGCUCAGGAGUCUGAUCCAGAGUUUAAGCGGUGAUGCAGACAAGUGUCCUCCAGUGUCUUUGGUGUCUCUGAAAGACUAUCAGAAAGUCUUAGUGAAACCAGGCAGCUCUGCUGAGCUUCCCUGCAUGGUGAACUCCAACCUGGCUCAUAUGAUGUGGAAAUCAAACAACACUCUUCUCGACGAGGCCUCUCGUUUCCACUUCAUCGGCGAAAACGGGCUCCUCAUUUACAGCGUGGCCCCUGAGGAUCAGGGUGACUACCAGUGCUGGUCUGUGGAAUGGGCUCCCGCUGCCGGGAAGAACUUUAGCCGCCUUCUUGCUGGAUACACAUUGAAGCUGGAUCUUCCUCCUGGACCCCCUGACCAGACAAACCGUGUGGCCACCACAGUCCGCAGCCAGGAGACGAGUAGCGUGCUUCCAGCUGAAGGUAAUGGUAAGACAGAGAGACAGCCACUAACUUCGGCCAGCUUCACAUCCACAGUCCUCCUCACCACCCCGCCCCAAACUGACCCAUCACUAACCCCGCCGCCCAGUGGCACAGUCAGGUUACAGCCAAGCAGGAACCUUCCCCCAAACUCCGUCAUUCCUCGUUCAGACAGCCAGGACCCUUCUGCGGAGUAUUUGCAACACAACAACAGCGUGGCCCUCCUCUCCCUUUUCCUCCUGUUCUUCCUCCUGUUUUUAGCCGCGAUGGUGUACAACUGCUACAUGCAGUAUCUCCCGGCCCCAUGCCUCAGGCUGCGAGCCACUCUGCUAGGGAGCAACAAGUGUACCCAUCAGCCAGAGUACAGGGCAUGUGAGGCGGGUUUAAUGGAAGCGUCUGCUGCCGACAAAAUUAACAUGACGGAACAACGUGCGCAGAACGGCAGCCAAACCACCAAAAACCUUCAGGCACUGCGCGACACUGGCUACGAGACGGAACCCGAGUGCGGCAACGGACGCCUCCCUUCUCACAACUUUGGAGGUGAUAGCUCCUCCCAGGAGAAACCGUUUGAUGUGGACUGCGACUCCCAGUCCAUCCAGUUUGCGGAUGCAGAUGACGCUUACUGAUGAAUAUCACUAGUGUUUUUACAUGUUCAGAGUAAAAAGUACACCAGGGCUAAGUUUCUUAUUUUUGCAGUAGGCAUGGGCCACCAUGAUGACCUUGAGUAAAACAAACAGAUUGACGUAUUUAGCAUAAACCCCCCCAAAAUGUCUGACAUGAUCCAGUUAAUUUUAUUUAAAACAACAAAGUGUACUCAUUUACCUGUUAAAAUAAAAAGCAUCAACAUGUAUUUAUCAUAAGACUUAAGCAAAAAUACAGAAUGACUGCAAAAUUUAUUGUGGAAAAUAUUGAACCUUUUGGUCGUUAUACUCCUGAGAGAGUAGCACAGUUUUAACAGUCUGAUAUGUAGGCGCUAACCCAAAGUUGCUUUAAACUAGUGUCUUUUAACCUCUUUAUGGAGGAAUGGGUGGUGUUUUUCACAACUAGAAAUGUUUCCAAACAGCUGAAUUUGUAAUCUAAGAGAGGGAAAUCCUCCUCCUCCUCUGCUUGGAGGAGGAGGAUUGUUGCCAUUACUUAAUGCUCUAUGCAUCUGGACAAAACUCUGGUCACGUUGACAAUUUGAUUCAUUUUAAAAGUCUAACUUUGUGAAAUCUUGCCAUGCCUUGAUACCGUCUGCAGGUCACUGGCCCAUGCUAAGAAGCUGAAUGUCAUGAAAGUGAGCGCAUGUCCAGCAUGUAGCAAAUAUCUGAAGGCUUGGACCAGAUGUUUUGCCCUUUUGUGGUCUGAUUUAAAGCUUUUAUCCUUUCAGCUGAGUCCAGCAAGAAAAGCUAUUUCUUAUAUUCCAAAUUGGAAGCAUUCUUUACCAAAUUGGUAAGUUAUUGUGAUGUUUUCCCAAGUUGGAAUCCUAUUUCUAUUCAGCCUGAGUGGAUAAUAAUGUCCCUCGGAGCAUUUGCAUCCAUUUGUGUAACUGAUGUUUCAUCGUCAUGGUAAUUUCUCAGGGAGGUUGUGUGUGAUUUGCCUUUGUGUGUUGCCCUGUGUUGUCAGCCACGCGGUUUGUGAAGCUCCAUCACAGAGUCGAUACGUCAGAAGAUAGAAAAACAGUCGGACAUCUUGAUUGGUGGAGAAAAGCUGGAAUGUAUCGAACCCUGGACUGUUGAUGAGUGGCACUGCU